AAAUAAAUGGAAUAGCAUAUAACUUGGCUUCUUCUGCUCCCACUACUGUUGCAGGAAAUUCUCGGCUUAAUUUAUUACAGAAAAAAUUGCAUAGCUUAGGAGGCAAUGAAAAUACCUUUAUUACUGAAGAAGCAAAUCAGAUUCAAGCAAGAAAGCAUAUACUUCGUGGAAUUAAUGGUUAUGAUUGUUCUGAGUUCUUUUACCUGGAAAAGGUUCAGGAAAAACUUAGCGAAUGUAAUACUACCAAGCCUCCUUUAAUGCAAAAUCUAAUAGAUGUAAUGAUAAUGCUAUGUAUGCGAUCGGCAGAUGUGGAAAAUUUUCGUGAGAUAGAAGAACCUCAACCAUUCCUUUCAAUGGAAAAAAAUCCAAUACGAGCAAGAGAAUUACUUAUCUGGAUUCAGAGAUCAAUACCGGAUAAAUUCCCUUCUUGGGCUGAUCACACUUCCAGAGUACAUGGAGGUAGGAAUGAUUCCUGCCAUCAAUAUUUACGACAAUUGGCAUAUAGGCAUAAAAUAGGUCAUGCUUCAUCAGUCGAACAUUAUGGUGUGAUGAAUAACAGACCAAUUGCUCCAACAACUAGAGAAAAAAAUACUAAGAUAUCUGAUAUUAUAGAUCUAUACAAUUACUAA